AUGAAGUUCACGUUCACGUCUCUCUUCGCUUCGUUCGCCCUCCUGUGCGGAUCCGCACUUGCCCAGACGUCGGCCUCCGUGUCAUACGAUAACACCUACGACAACGCUGCAGGCUCGCUCGACACCGUAGCCUGUUCCAACGGACCCAACGGCCUCGAGAGCAAGGGCUACACCACGUUCGGUUCCCUCCCCGACUUCCCCUACAUCGGCGGUGCACAGGCCGUUACGGGAUGGGACAGCCCGAACUGCGGGACGUGCUGGCAGUUGACUUACGAUGGGAACACCAUCAAUGUCCUGGCCAUUGAUGUCGCUUUGAAUGGGUUCAACAUCGCGGAGGAGGCGAUGAACGCGUUGACCGAUAACCAGGCCGGGUUCCUCGGAAGGAUCACUGCCACUGCUACCCAGGUCGACGCCUCUGUUUGCGGAUUGUGA